UUAGCAACGGGAGGCUAACCUUUGGAAGCUCGUUGCAGCACCCGCCAAGGUCCUGCGCUCUUCCCGCCCCUCCCCUCCCCUCAACUCCCCUCACCUGGGAGUCGCCAAACAUCGCCUUCGGCUGGGCACUAGGAAGGGUUGAAUUUCUACCGUUAGCGCCUUUUUACAUUUUCCCCGAACUCACGUCCGUAAAACCCACUGAUUUUUUUACUACACGUUUUAUGAGAACAAGACAUUUUCUAGGAAGAUGGUGGCAGAAAAAGAGACCCUGAGCGUAAACAAAUGCCCAGAAAAGAUGCCGAAGAAGAGGACCAAGCUGCAGGCGCAGCAGCCGCUCCUGGCGCACCAGCCUCACGCCCUGGUUUCUGAGGGCUUCACAGUCAAAGCCAUGAUGAAAAACUCAGUCGUGAAAGGCCCGCCCACGGCAGGUGCAUUUAAGGAGAGACCGACCAAGCCCACAGCCUUCCGGAAAUUUUAUGAGCGCGGAGACUUCCCCAUCGCCCUUGAGCAUGACUCGAAAGGGAACAAGAUCGCGUGGAAGGUGGAGAUCGAGAAGCUGGACUACCACCACUACCUGCCCCUGUUCUUCGACGGCCUCUGCGAGAUGACCUUCCCCUACGAGUUCUUCGCGCGGCAGGGCAUCCACGACAUGCUGGAGCACGGCGGGAGCAAGAUCCUCCCCGUCAUCCCGCAGCUCAUCAUCCCCAUCAAAAAUGCCCUGAACCUCCGGAACCGGCAGGUCAUCUGCGUGACGCUCAAGGUCCUGCAGCACCUGGUGGUGUCGGCGGACAUGGUGGGCGAGGCCCUGGUGCCCUACUACCGCCAGAUCCUCCCCAUCAUGAACAUCUUUAAGAACAUGAACCGUGAGUGGCCCCGGGAGGCGAUGUACAUGGCGCCCUGCCCCUCCGCCCGCUCCCCGGGCAGCCGGCAGAUGAGCACUUUCUGUUCUCACUCCUCGCACGCGCAGCUCGCUCAGUCAGUACAAAGGCACCGAGCAGCUCUGUGA